AUGGCAAAUAAUUCUGUUGAUGACAAAUAUGAAGGUUGUAGAAAGAAAAUGUCAGAUCUGGUGUUUACAUCAUUGCUAAAGAAAGAAAUCGAUGAGAAUCCUACAUAUAAAGAAGUUUGGGAAGAAGGGAAAAAGAAGGCCACGAAACCAGCAGAUAACUUGACCAUGAACCAUUCAAUCGCCAUUUAUGUGUACACUGCUAGAAGAGUAUAUGCAGAUUUCAAUAAUGCAGUUCGUAAUGGUAAACUAAAAUACAUAUGGGGAUUAUUCAGAUGGUAUUCAAUUCACUUUUUGUUGACAGAAGCGAUACAGAUUCUGAAUGAAACACAAAAGCAAUGUCAUAAAACCUUUCGUCGUACUAAUGUUGAAUUUGAUAAGGAUGUUAAGAACAAAGAGGUUCGUUUUGGCUCUUUUACAUCUUCUUCUCUCAAUGAAACAGCAAUAAAGAAUUUUGGAAAUGUAUCUUGUUUUGAAAUUGAAACUUGUGAAGGUGCUGAUGUGGCAAACUAUUCUGCACAUGCUGAAGAGAAAGAGGUGUUGAUUCCCCCAUAUGAGAAAUUUAAUAGUCACUGA